UCAAAAAACACAUAGCCUUGCUCAGACACCGAUUACACCCAUCUUUAUUAUCUUCUCUGGUCUCUCCAAUAUUCUCUAUCUGCCGCUCUCUCUCUCUCUCUCUCUCUCUCUCUCUCUCUCUCUUUCACUUGCGCACUAUCUCUGUCUCUCUCGCCUUUGAUUUUGCUACGACUCGGAAUUAUCUCAGAAAAAGUUUGGCCGACUAUCGGAAGUCCACCUGUUCCUCAAUUUUGGUGUACAGAAAGCUGCAGAUCUGAUAAUUCGUUGUAGCCUCCUGCAAGAGGCAGGUUGUGCCUGUGACAGAAAUCCUACACUUCGUUGGACAGUAUAAUCCUCUGAUAAAGAUGACAGUCAGAACUCCAGGCACACCGGCUUCGAAAAUCGACAGAACAGCAGCAACGACCACACCAGGGGGUAACAGAGAAAGGGAGGAGAAAGUUCCAAGCACACCAGCCUCAAAGAUUGACAGGACAACACCAGCAACCACUCCAGGGGGCCACAAAGCGAGGGAGGAGAAAAUUGUGGUAACGAUACGGCUAAGGCCCCUAAACAAGAGGGAGGAAUCGUCGAAAGAUCAGGUAGCCUGGGAAUGCCCUGACGAUCAUACCAUUGUGUACAGACCUAGCCAACAUGAACGGACAGCUCAACCAUCAUCUUUCAUGUUUGAUAAAGUAUUCGGUCCUGAAAGCUCGACUGACAGUGUAUAUGAAGAUGGAGUGAAGACCGUUGCUUUAUCUGCUCUCAUGGGGAUAAAUGCAACCAUAUUUGCCUACGGACAAACCAGCAGUGGAAAAACUUACACAAUGAGAGGAAUUACUGAGAAAGCAGUUCAUGAUAUAUACAUGCAUAUAAUCAAUACACCGGAACGAGACUUCAAGAUAAAAAUAUCCGGCCUUGAAAUCUACAACGAGAAUGUCAGGGAUCUACUGAAUUCAGAAUCCGGUCGUAAUCUGAAGCUCCUCGAUGAUCCAGAGAAAGGAACUGUUGUUGAGAAAUUAGUAGAAGAAACCGCGAAGGAUGACCAACAUUUGAAACAACUGAUCCAAAUUUGCGAUGCUCAAAGACAAGUCGGAGAAACUGCUCUUAACGAUACUAGCUCAAGAUCGCACCAAAUAAUAAGACUGACAAUUGAAAGUACUCUCCGAGAAAAUUCAGAUUGCGUACGAUCGUACGUUGCAAGCUUGAACUUUGUAGAUUUAGCCGGAAGCGAAAGGGCCUCGCAGACAAACGCCGAGGGCACCCGGCUUAGAGAAGGCUGCCAUAUCAACCUCAGCUUGAUGACUCUUACAACUGUGAUCAGAAAGCUAAGCGUCGGUAAAAGAAGCGGUCACAUACCGUAUCGCGACUCCAAGCUCACGCGCAUACUGCAGCAUUCGUUGGGAGGAAAUGCUCGUACAGCUAUCAUAUGUACAUUGAGUCCAGCAUCGAGUCACGCCGAGCAAUCUCGUAACACUCUCUUUUUCGCUAGUCGAGCCAAGGAAGUGACCAACAACGCUCAUGUGAAUAUGGUAGUUUCUGAAAAACAGCUAGUAAAGCAUCUGCAGAAGCAAGUAGCUCGGCUGGAAGCCGAGCUAAGAACACCCGAUCCAUCAACCGAGAAAGACGCCAGAAUUCUUCAGAUGGAGAGGGAAAUCGAAGAACUCCGGCGCGAAAGAGAUCUAGCCCAAUCGCAGGUGGACGAAUUGCGUAAAAAGCUCGGCAACGAACAGCGACUGAAAAUCUCCGAGUCCCCGGCUCCUAUUGCAAAGAAAUGUCUCUCCUUCUCGACAACUUUACUACCAAAGUUCGACGGAACGGAGAUAAGUCAUCGCGACAAGGCGAGAAACACAAUGGUAAGGCAGUCGAUGAGGCAAUCAUCAGCCACGCCGUUCACGCUGAUGCACGAAAUCCGUAAACUCGAGCAUCUUCAAGAGAAGUUAGGCGAAGAAGCCAACCGGGCCCUCGAGGUGCUACAGAAGGAGGUUGCAUGCCAUCGUCUCGGUAAUCAAGACGCGGCCGAGACAAUCGCUAAGCUACAGGCGGAGAUAAAGGAAAUGCGCGUCGCCGAGCCUCGAAGCCGAGAAAUCGACGUCGAAGUCGAAGCCGUCGUCCCUGUCAACAAGAGUGUGAGCGCGAACCUUAAGGAAGAGAUCACUCGACUCCAUUCGCAGGGAAGCACCAUAGCCGAUCUCGAGGAGAAGCUCGAAAAUGUCCAGAAGUCCAUUGACAAGCUCGUAAUGUCCCUUCCGACAAACUGCGAUCAGACGUCGUCGAAAGACGCAAAUUUGAAGGCCAAGAGCCCCGUGAAGAAGAAGAAGCUCCUCCCGUUGGCGUCUAGCAAUAGUCUCAAUAAGCACAGCUUCAUAAAAUCGCCGUGCUCGCCGCUGUCCUCCUCCCGACAAGUGGCGAACGCUGAGAUCGAAAAUAGGGACCCAUUGUUUGACGACGCUACAUCGAUCGAAACGCAGGCGAUCUCAGACAAAGAGAGCACUCCCACAAAGAGCGAAGGCGGCGGCGACGCGUCGUCGAAGGAGAACACUCCGUAUCGACGCUCGAGUUCUGUGAACAUGAGGAAAAUGCAGAAGAUGUUUCAAAACGCAGCCGAAGAGAACGUAAGAAGCAUCAAAGCUUACGUAACUGAGCUGAAAGAACGCGUCGCAAAGCUUCAAUACCAGAAACAGCUCCUCGUCUGCCAGGUUCUCGAGCUUGAAGCGAACGAAGCUGCCGGAUACAAUCUCGACGAAGAAGGCGAGACGGAACCCGAGAUACAAGAGUUGUCGUCGCCAGCUUCAUGGCAGUUGUCGUUCAAGGAUCAGAUGCGGCAGAUAAUCGAUCUCUGGGACGUCUGCUUAGUCUCGAUCAUUCACCGCACGCAAUUCUACCUCCUCUUUAAGGGCGACCCGGCAGAUCAAAUCUAUGUCGAAGUCGAACUUCGACGCUUGACAUGGCUGCAAGAGCACCUAACCGAGAACGGCGACGCAACCCCUGCACCAGGCGGGAACAACGAGCCCGCCAUCUCUAUAUCAUCGAGCAUCAAGGCAUUGAAGCGGGAACGAGAGUUUCUUGCGAAGAGGCUGUCAACUCGUCUGACAGCCGAAGAACGGGAGAUUCUGUACAUGAAAUGGGACGUACCGUUGGAGGGGAAACAGCGGAGGAUGCAGUUCAUAAGCAAGCUCUGGACGAAUCCCCACGACGAAAGGCAUGUGCAAGAGAGCGCCGAGAUAGUGGCGAAGCUUGUCGGGUUCUGCGAGGGCGGGAGAAACCUGUCGAAGGAGAUGUUCGAGCUCAACUUCGUGCUGCCUUCCGAUAAGCGCCACUGGUUCGUCGGAUGGAAUCAGAUAUCCGAUCUUCUCCAUCUCUAAAAAAAAAAUACAAACGACGCAAUGGACAGAACACAUUCAUUCUUUGUGUAAGUAUCAACAAUACUCUCACCUCGCUUCGCUAUCACUUAUUUCUCGGUUAUUUACAACGAGCUGCAUGCCGAGCUCCUAGCUUCUUGGAGUCGGGAAGUUCGACGGCGAGACGACGAGAGAUAAUUCCUUCCCAUUGGUCUUUGUUUUGGGACACUGCAUUUCCAUCCAUUCGUGCAUCUUUACGAAGGAGAGUUUUAUUCUAAUGUUGUUUACUAGUUAACAAAUCUAUAUAUGAUAAAGUUGUUAUUUUUCCAUAGCUAAUUCCUCACUGAUUGCUGCUGCUACAUUUUGGUUGGAAUUUGUGGAUCCAUUGCAAUAAAAGUAGA